UGUGGGCAGUUAGUCAAUCUAACCCACGCUUCAUGUGUCUUUAAUUAUGAUUAAUAGGUCAAUUAAUUAAUAAAUUAAACAACACUUGUUUAUAUACUACAAGUUUCCUACUUUGUAUUUAUACAUAGAUCAACAUGUUGAGUUUACAAAGUUGUAUUCUCAUUUCUAAUUCUUUUCCAAAUAAUCAACAUCAAUUUUCUCGAAAUUAUUACUACUACUAUUAUUAUUAUUACGACAUACAAAAACAUAUUAAUUAAUAACAUGACAAGUGACGAUGCUCUUCGAACAGAUUCAUUUGACUACAGGACAGAGUUGCUGUCUCCUGCAGGAGCAGCAACGAACGGCAUAGCGCCAACCGAACCAUCGUGGCGGCUUAGCAUGGAUGAGUACAAGCUUCCGGAGAGCCAUACUUCAUCUCAGUUUGGCAUAGGCCAUUUCAUCAACUCAUUAAGGAGGCAAAGAAAAAUUGCUGAAUAUUACAAGAGGCAGGUUAAACUUCUUGAGGGAUUCGAUGAAGUUGAUUCAUUUACUGAGUUAGGAACUUUGCCUGGAACUUUAACUGAGGAUGAAAUGAAGGAGCUUGCGAGAAAUGAGAGGUUGGCAAUCUAUGCAUCGAACGUGGCUAAUUUGGUGUUGUUCUUGGCUAAAGUGUAUGCCUCUGUUGAGAGUAAAUCAUUGGCAGUCAUAGCUUCCACUCUCGACUCACUCUUAGAUCUCUUGUCUGGAUUCAUUCUUUGGUUCACUUCUUAUUCAAUGAGAAAACCAAAUGAGUUUUAUUACCCAAUUGGCAAGAGUCGUAUGCAACCUGUCGGAAUUGUUGUUUUUGCAUCAGUAAUGGCUACUCUUGGGCUACAAAUACUGUUCGAAUCAGGUCGAGAACUUCUAACAAAGACACAACCAGAAAGAGACUCAGUGAAAGAGAAAUGGAUGAUAGGGAUAAUGGUAUCAGUGACAGUGGUGAAAUUUGUGUUAAUGGUAUAUUGUCGAAGAUUCAGUAAUGAAAUAGUGAGAGCAUAUGCCCAAGACCAUUUCUUUGAUGUUAUUACCAACUCAAUUGGCCUUGGUGCUGCUGUUUUGGCUAUAAAAUUCUAUUGGUGGAUCGAUCCCCUCGGUGCUAUUCUUAUCGCAUUAUACACAAUGGGUAAUUGGUCAAACACAGUGAUGGAGAAUGUUUGGUCAUUGAUUGCAAGGACAGCACCACCAGAGUAUCUAGCAAAGCUUACAUACCUAAUAUGGAAUCAUCAUGAAGAAAUUAAGCAAAUUGAGACUGUGAAAGCAUAUAAAUUUGGAACUGAAUAUUUUGUUGAGGUUGAUAUAGUGUUACCUGGUGAAAUGUCUCUAAGCAAUGCACAUUUCAUUGGAGAGACACUUCAAGACAAAAUUGAAAAAUUGCCAGAAGUCGAGAGAGCAUUUGUUCAUGUUGACUUUGAUGUCACUCACAAGCCAGAGCACAAACCAAAAGUUCCAUGAUAUAUUAUAUAUCAUUAAAAAGCUAUUGUUAUUAUUAUUUUUUUCCAUCAUUAAUCUAGAAAACAAUAAUUGAUUAAUUUCUUAAGGUGCUUUAAGUAAUUAUUUGUGUUUUUUUUUCUUCUUUUUAAUAGAAAAAGGUUGAUUAUGGAUUGUCUAAUUAUAACUCUGGAUCUUUUAUCGAUUUCUUGACAAUUAUGAUUUCUAAUUUAUCUUUUCAAGUCUUAAUGUAAUAUUUUUCUAAAAAAAAGAAAGAGUGAAUGUAAUACAUGUUAUUUUUAACACAUGUUUUUCUUAUCAAAUUAUAUUUGCUAUAUAU